AAAGAGCUUUAUUUCAAAACUGGCCACUGGGGCCACACAUACAGGAGUUUCCUUCCUCUUCUCAUUCAAUUCCUAUUCUUCUUCUUCUUCUUCUCACUACUCUUUAAGCUUUUCUCACUGCUUUGCUUUCCUUUCCUUUCAGUUUCACUCCAGAUCUCUCUCUUCACCUACCCAAAUCCAACCCUAAGUGAAAAAUGGGUGUCAUCUCCAGAAAGAUAUUCCCAGCAUGUGGGAGCAUGUGCGUAUGCUGCCCUGCUUUGAGGUCAAGCUCUCGAAAACCCGUCAAGCGCUACAAAAAAUUGCUUGCUGAAAUUUUUCCUAAAUCUCUUGAUGGCCAUCCAAAUGAGAGGAAAAUUGUUAAGCUAUGCGAGUAUGCUUCAAAAAAUUCUGUUCGAAUUCCAAAGAUUGCUAAAUAUCUCGAAGAAAGAUGUGAGAAGGAGCUACGAAAUGGGCACAUAAAGUUCCUCAAUGUUGUGGCAGAGACUUACAGCAAGUUGCUUUUUUUGUGCAAGGAGCAGAUGGCCUACUUUGCUGUUAGCUUAUUGAAUGUGGUUACUGAACUUUUAGACAACUCUAAGCAAGAUGCUGUGCAAAUGCUUGGAUGCCAAACACUUACAAGGUUCAUAUAUGCCCAGACAGAUGCAAUGUACACACACAACAUUGAGGGGUUUGUACAGAAAGUAUGUGUGCUGGCUCGUGUAAAAGGGGAAGAUCACCAAAAGCGCUGCUUGAGGGCAUCAAGCUUGCAGUGCCUCUCUGCCAUGGUCUGGUUCAUGGCGGAAUUUUCUCAUAUUUUUGCUGAUUUUGAUGAGAUUGUACAUGUGACUUUGGAUAACUAUGAGCUAGAUACACUUGAUGAAGAAGACAAUGAGAGGUUGGAAUCACAACAUAAUUGGGUGGACGAAGUAGUUCGAAGUGAAGGCAGAAUUGGUGCGAUCCUUGGUAGUGAUGCUAGCCCUUGCUCCAUGAUUAGACCACGGCCUGAGAAGAAGGAUCCUUCUCUUUUGUCAAGGGAAGAAACAGAGACACCAAAAGUAUGGGCUCAAAUUUGUAUUCAGAGAAUGGCAGAAUUAUCGAAGGAAAGCACAACCAUGCGUCGAAUAUUGGACCCAAUGUUUGUCUACUUUGACUCCGGACGGCACUGGGUUUCUCAAGGGCUGGCUUUGUUGGUUUUGUCAGAUAUGUCCUACUUUAUGGAGGCCUCUGGGAACCAGCAGUUGACUUUAACUUAUGUCAUCCGCCAUCUUGACCACAAAAAUGUCUCACAUGAUCCGGAACUCAAAUCUUAUAUAAUCCAAGUUGCUACUGGUUUAGCUAGGCAAAUCAGAUCUGGAACAAUGCUGGCAGAAAUUGGGUUUGUCUCUGAUCUGUGCUGGCAUCUAAGAAAGAGUCUUCAAGCCACUAUUCAGCUUGCGGUAGAGCAAGAGUCCAACUCCAACGUCAAUUUUAUGCUCCAGAAUUCCAUAGAGGAUUGCUUACUUGAAAUUGCUAAAAGGAUUGGCAAUGCUCAACCACUAUUUGACCUCAUGGCAAUAACUUUGGAGAAGCUACCAUCGGGAACAGUUGCUAGGGCGACUAUUGGAUCAUUAAUUAUUCUUGCUCAUACAAUAUCAUUGGCACUGGUCUCAUCACGCUCAAAGCAGGUGUUUCCAGAAUCUCUUCUUGUCCAACUUUUAAAGGUCAUGUUACAUCCAGAUCUUGAGGUGCGUGUUGGAGCACAUCAAAUAUUUUCUAUUCUUCUUGUUCCAAGUUCUAAUCGCCCACGACAUGAAGUUGCAUCUCUACGAUCUGGUUUUCUUUACCAAUCAAGAAGAUGGCACUCGAAUACUGCAUCUGCCUUUGCAUCAAUUACUGCCAGACUUGAGAAGCUCCGGAGGGAAAAGGAUGGUUCUAAAACCGAAAAGAACGGGAAUACUUUUCAUGAUGAUAAUAAAGAAAAAGACAUUGUGGAGGAAGAAUGCAAGCAGGGGCGAGGCCGCAAGAAUUCCCCUAGUUUUUACAAGAUUAGCUCUAUCAUCGAUAGGAAACCUGGUUCAAUUGACUUAAAUGAGGCAGAACCAUUUGUCAUGAGGCUUAGUGAGGAUCAAAUUGUACAUUUACUCUCUGCGUUUUGGAUACAAGCUUAUCUAUCAGACAAUCUUCCCUCGAAUAUUGAAUCCAUUGCUCAUUCUUUCAUUUUAACACUUAUUUCCUCACGCUUGAAGAAUCCGACAGACAACCUUGUGGUCAACUUCUUCCAGCUUCUUUUGUCUCUUAGGAAAAUGUCUCUUGAUCCUAACAACGGGAUGUUGACACCAGCGGGCCAGAGAUCUGUUUUGGUACUGUCAAUGAGCAUGUUGAUGUUUGCAGCUAAGAUAUAUCACAUUCCCGAACUGAAUGAUUUUCUCAAGUCAUUGAUUCCAUACGAUAUUGACCCCUAUCUUGGUAUUAGCGAUGAUCUUCAAGUAUAUGUAAAGCCUGAUGCUGAUGUAAGGGAAUUCGGAUCUGCUUCUGAUAAUCAGCUGGCUACAUCAACUCUUUCCGAGUUGCGAAAUAAAAUAUAUGACACUGAGAAUAUCGUAAUUGACAUCUUAGUUCAAAAUCUGACAAACAUUACCAAGCUGGAGGCGGAAGAUGUGCUAAAGCAACUUCAAGAACCAUUCACACCUGAUGAUACAUUCUCAUUUGGUCCACAAUCUGCACUGGACCUUGACCAUGAUCAGAUGGCUUCCCACUCCAAAGAAUCCUUAUCCUUUGAUGGGGAUUUCCCGACAAACUCUUUAGUUGAGGAUGAUGCGACUAGCGAAUUAUCCGUUGCAGAUCUUUCUCGUUUCAUUCCCAGAGUGCCAUCGACUUCAUCUGGCUCACAUAUUAUCAGCAUUGGACAGCUUUUAGAAUCUGCACUUGAGGUAGCAGGUCACGUAGCAGGAUCAUCCGUCUCUACAUCACCCCUCCCGUACAACGCCAUGGCCAGCCAAUGUGAAGCCCUUGGCACAGGCACAAGAAAGAAGCUCUCCAAUUGGUUGGCCCACGAAAACUAUCAUGGCAAAGCAGCUGAGAAAUCUUUUCCAGCUUUUCCCUUCAAUAAUAGCCGCAGAACUCUCCACCAGAUAACAAGUGAGUGUGAAGGUGAAAGUAGUGGUCCUGCCCAGGGAGCUGCAUUUCCGCAGGAUCCAUGGUUGUCGAUGAGGCUUCCUCCUGCUAGUCCCUUUGACAAUUUUCUCAAGGCAGCUGGCUGUUAAAAGGCUACUACUACUAUAAAUCUAACACUAUGUCAAAGUGCUUAUCAGUGUUGUAAAUCACUAGGAGAUUCACUGUUUAAAGUUUAGGAUAUAUAUAGCUAAUAGCUUCUUUUUUUUUAUUAAUUAACUCAGAAAUCACUAAAAAGGGUUUUCAUUCCAAUCCCUAAUGUUUGUAUGCAUUAUGUAGUUGUGUUAGUCUUAUUUAUGUAGCUAUUUUGGUACUA